AUGUGCGACACCUACCUGUCCGGGCACGUCUCCCGCAUUUCCCCCGAGGCCCCGGUACCCGUAUUCGAAAGCACCGAAAAACGGCACGUCUUAGGCGGCGCUGCCAACGUGGCGGCGAACCUUCGCGCCCUGGGUUGCGAGGUGCGUCUGGCGGGUGUGGUCGGCGACGACGUCACAGGGCGUUACGUGCGGGAGCAAGUGCGGGCGCAAGGCAUUGCCGAUGACCUUCUGGUGCAGGAUGGCAGCCGCCCGACCACCGAGAAGACGCGCCUCAUCGCCCGACACCAACAAUUGGCCGUCAAUGUGCCAAUUUUCGUCGAUCCCAAGGCGCGGGACUUCGCCCAAUACCGCGGCGCCACCGUGCUAACUCCCAACUUGGCCGAGGUCAGGCACGCGACGGGCGACCCCUUGGAAGAGGAAACGUCUCUGGCUACUGCCGCCGAAUCGUUGUUGCGGCAAAGCGAAGCCCAAGCCCUUCUGGUGACGCGCGGCGAGGCGGGUAUGAGCCUGUUCCAUCCCCCGCAAGCCCCGCAGCAUUUGCCCGCACAUACCCGCGACGUGUACGACGUGACCGGAGCCGGGGAUACCGUGAUCGCCGCCUUUGCGGCCGCGGCCAUCGGCGGCCUGUCAUACGCGGAGGCGGCGCGGCUGGCCAACGUGGCGGCGGGUAUCGUCGUCGGCAAGGCAGGCACGGCUGUUGCGCACCGGGAGGAACUGGAGGCUCAUUUAGGGGUGCACAGCGCUCCCUGGCAAAGCAAAUUGCGGACCUGCGACGAGUUGUCGAGGGCGCUUCAGCAGUAUCGCCAGCGGGGCGAGCGAGUCGUCUUCACGAAUGGGGAUGAUCGCCCCCUGCGCCCGCAGGACGAACGGGCGCGCAUGCUGGCCGCCCUCGCUUGCGUGGACUACGUGGUUCCGUUUGGUGAAGCCACCCCUUUGGCAUUGAUCAAAUCCCUCAAGCCGGACGUGCUUGUCAAGGGCAGCGAUUACACGCUCGAGACGGUGGUGGGCAGAGAAGAAGUGGAAGCAUCCGGCGGCUCGGUGCACCUCAUACCUUACAUUGAGGGUGUUUCAACGACUGAACUCAUUGACGAGUUGCUGCAACGCUAUCGUUAA